CACAUAACACUUAAGAAAUUUCUUUUCGGCGACUAGGGACAGUUAGAUAGAGAGACAGCUGAUAGUAACUUGAUGAUUUUUUUUAUAAAUUGAUUGCGUACUUCGUUUCACGCCUUUUUCGACUACCUAUCGGCUCAAAAAUCAUGAUAGCCUCGGAAGGCGUGUGGUUCUCCGUAGUUUACGCCGUUUUUUGUCUAUGUGUAAUAGCCCCUCCUAGUGAAUUUGUUCAAGCGGGACUCACGAUUUCUCAGCUUUUCAAAGAUUUACUGGGAGAUGAAACCACAGACUUUAUGCAAUAUCACCUCAGACGAGCAGCCCUUACUACACUUAUACAUUCGGCACUUCCUCUUGGUUACGCUAUAGGGUUAUGUGUCUUUGAGUUAGAACCGGCUGCUAAAGAUGGGCCUGAGGGUACGUAUAUGGCGCAAUCUAGAAAUGUAUGGACGGCUCUGUUUGUAGUCUCGUUGUUAUUUCUUGCGUCUACUAUGCAUCGAGUUCUCCGCUGGCAUUUUUCGGAAUGGAAGGAACAUCCCGUAGUCAAGGUGCUACAUAUCUAUGCAGCAGAAAUUGAAGGAAAUUGGCUUGAAAUUGCCGCGAGGAUUAACGCGGAAUUCAGACAGGCUGAUAAGUUCAUCUCGCAAGGUGGCAUAACGCGGACUAUCGUACUUCGAACCUGGCUAUUACGUGUGGGACCUGACGACAUCAAACUGAUUCAAAAUGCCGAUGCAAAACUUCGUGUCGUUUCAAGUGCCGAGCACCGGGUGUCACAUAUAAAUUCCACCGGAGUGCAAUGCUUAGAUAUUUCCGUGCAAAGUCAGCGACCCGGGGUUCCUUCAUUCACAAUUCGAGUGAAUUCUGGCGACUACGAUCAGCUUCGCGCACGUUUGCCUCUUGAGAAUGUUAAAAACAUACCGAUCCAUCGCAACCUCGGAGACCGUUUCAUAGACGCCUUUAAAACUGUUAUUUCACAAAACCCACCCCUUGAGGUGAACGAGGAACCAGAGUUUUGUAUUGGAUGCAUGCAAGAUGUAGCAGAUGUUACCCUACGUCGAUCUUGUGAAGGAAUUUUAAAUCCAGAGCAACAAGGGGAAUCAGGUGUCUUCGCGCCGGGUAGUUCAACACGUUCUGCUUGCGUAGGCUGUCUCUGCCGGCCUCUAUGGUGUUCGUCCUGUUUAGCUCGAUGGUUCGUUGCUAGACAAAAUCAAGACCAACCCCAUACAUGGCUCAUGGGAAAAUGUCCAUGCCCAAAUUGUCGUUCAACCUUCUGUUUGUUGGACGUACGCCCGCUAGUUGUGCAAAACUAUCAACGGACAACUCCUGACAAGCCGUAGUUAUUGCUGUACAUAUCAAAGGAGAAAGCAACUGCCACCCGUGUUUGUGUUCAGUUUUCAGCUUGGAAAGAUUGAGCCGGGAUUACUAACGUUUUCUGAGAUUUUAGACACACAUUAUUAAUUCAUUCACUCAAAGUACUCAAAAUUCAUGCACCACGAUAUCUUCAACUCAUAGUACACUGUUAUGCAAUCAUAUGUAUUUGUUGCUCGCGGUCCUUGUUGUGUUCUUUCAGUCGUCAUCCCAAGUAUCUUUUUUCUGCUGCUCUUGCUGUUUUGCUUGCCGGCGCCGUUCUGCAAGAAAAAAAACAAUAUAUUUAUUUAAGUUUAAUUUCUGUAUACUAUUAAUGUGUCUUACUUGUGUCGAUGUUAAUUCAGACCCAGUGAUUACACGCGCCUCAUGUACAAAUAUAUAUACAUAUGAUAAUAUAUAUGAACAUUUUUUCAACUUA